AUGGGAAAUCUUAUGUCGACGUCUUUUGCGCCAGAGUGUAACGACUUGAAACAGAAGUACGACAGCUGUUUCAACUCGUGGUAUUCGGAGAAGUUCUUGAAAGGAGAGGGCCUGCACAACGAGUGCGAGGACUUCUGGGUGCAGUACAAGGAGUGCAUCGACGUGCACCUGGCGAAGCAGGGCAUCAAGCCUCUGCUAGACGAGGCCCGGAAGGAGUUGCCGUUCGAGAACGACGGGAAGCCCGCGGAGGAGCCGGUGCAGGAGCGCAACUGA